AUGACCUGGGCCUCUAAGUCUUGUCCGACAGACACACAAACGCCGAUCGACCCGAAGACCAGACCUAUUGAGUGCCACAACAGCGCCGAAGACAUCGACAAUAUUGUGGACCAUUGCAGACAAUUGACGAUAACUGCGGGUAAUCUGGCAUUUGCUCAACACAUCGACCACCGAAAGGGCGACCGCUUGUCAUCGAUGUCUUCGUCUCAACCGAAUCGCAACCAAAAGAUUCCGAUCGCGUCGUCCAAACUCGUGGCCAACCAUCGAGUCGUCCCAAAGCCUGCCGACGACUACGCGUUCAACAAAUACAAGACCCGCCGCUACGACGGCUCCGCCACCGGCGACAACAAAGUGAUGAUUUUUGACAACUCGAGCACCACUUCCAUCAGUUCCGACUGUAGCGUCAAUUUGUCGAAGUCAUCGAAGUCGACCUCCUCUUCGGCCUCCAAUGUGGCCCGACUUCAGACGUCGAUUCCACGGCCGGCCAACUCUCGGACACCGACGCCUCCCAUACCGGCUAAGUAUACCACGAAUCAGCGGAAAGCCAUUCAAACUCAACCUAAAUAUAGCGAAAGAAAUGUCAAAUCAGGUCAAAAUCAAAACAAUACAAUUAAUGAUCGCCUGAAUGGCAAUGAAGUGGUGAGAAGUGAUAUUAAGGUGAUGAAGACUAAGAGCACCGCUUCCAGUGAUUUGAACGCAACUAAAACUCAUAAUAACAAUAACGGUGUGAUCGCCGGCGGACCCACCGGUGGCCAGUCUUAUGGCACAAGUAUUAGGUAUACGACACAAGUGUCUGGUCUUCCGCGACCGCAAACGGCACACAUUGUCUCCACUUCUAGUCAGAGCGCAGACAACCAUAAGAUAAAAACUGUGAAUUAUAUGGAGAAUCGUCUCAAACACGGCAAAGUGAAGACAUCGGUUGAAAAUACACUGAAAGCGGCGAAGAAUUUACUAAAAUGUGAUCCAAAGGCACGAAAGAGUACAACACAAAGAAAUGAUAAUAAGAGAACGGUUCCCAUUAAUACAUCGGUUCCCAUUAAGUCGGAAAAGGGUAUCAAACGAGAGGCAAAUACUACAGCGGUUCCCAUUAAGUCGGAAAAGGGUUUCAAACGAGAGUCAAACACAUCCAACACUGGAGGCCAACCGCCGAAACGUUUGCGUUCGGAUGUGAAGCCAGACAUUAGUAUCAUUAAAAUUGAACGAAAGCCGGAAGUGAUUGACGACGAGAUUGAGAUCCUUUCGGUUCGGGACAUACCGUUGAGGAAAGCGUUCAAAUCAGCGAUGCCUUCGUUGAAAGAGAAAACCCAACCGCUGUUCAGAAGCACUCCUUCCACUUCCAGCGAAGGACAGACACACACAUCGAGACCUAAGAAGAAACGCGCGACAAAAGAGGCCACAGAACCAGUGGACCAGUUCUCACCCGUUAUAGUAUUAGAUCGAUGCGUUGCGCCACAAGUUGACCACUAUUUCGAUGAUAUUAUUAAAAAGAAAUUACAGGAAUUAGAAGCACUCACUUCUAAUGCCAAACAGAGCGCUCGAAAGACUUUUCCCAAACGAGCCAACAAUAAUGGCAAUACAGACGCCACACCUGUUUCUAGUGAUCACAUGAAUGGCAAAAACUAUGAUAAUGUUUCCAAUACUAAACCCGAAGAAAAAAAGAGUACCAUUCUAUUCGAAGAGUUAGAACCGUUGACAGGGAAUCCAAAUGUGGGUGAUUUAUUGGCGUUCAAAAUGUUAACGCUGUCGAGCGAUGGCCACACGAUGGAGGCCUCGCCCUUCAAUGUCGGAUCCGCUCUUCACGUCAAUAAAGACAACCGAAUGGUCGAUAUUCUACUUCAGGAUACACUCCAUCGGCAAAGGAACGCAAAGACCGAUUAUAACCGCGAAGAACAUCCCUCUCAUAUCAUAUCAUUGAAGAUCAAUUGGUCCACAGUUUUAGAGCCCAAACUCAUCCAAAGAGCCCAAACAAAAAUCUCAUAACACGUAUAUCUCGUUCACACAAAAUAUGUUUAAUUGGUAACAAUCGCUCAUCAAAUGAAUACAUAAUCGCAUGA